AAUAUAGGAGUUGGGGUUCGAACUCCAGACUCCUCACUUCUCCACAUUUAAAAUGUAUGAGCUCUAGUGAGCACGCUGCUUAACCAAAAAACUACAUGUUCAAGUUUCAACUCAAUCAUUCCACAUUUUAUAUUUUAUAGAACCUAUUUUAGUUAUUGUCAAGUUUCAACUCAAUCAAGGUUCUUCUCAACAACUACUCAUCAACAAGAACAUUUUAAGAGUCAGAAAAGUUAAGUGAAGCUUGCAAAGAUGAACAUGAUGGCUCCUCCAUCUCGUAAUUCACUUCACUAUUCUUGUCAGAUUCUACUUGCUCUUGGACUUUUUAGUUUGCAGAUGUUAACUCCUCUUGAAGCUUCUCGCUCAAAGGUUGAACAUCUUCCUGGUUUUCAAGGACCUCUUCCAUUUGAACUUGAAACAGGGUACGUGGGGUUAGGAGAAGCAAAUGAUGACAUGCAAGUGUUCUAUUAUUUUGUCAAAUCAGAAAAUAAUCCUAAGAAAGACCCUCUUAUGCUUUGGAUAUCUGGUGGUCCUGGUUGUUCUUCUUUUUCUGCCCUUGCCUAUCAAAUAGGUCCAUUUGCAUUCGAAAUCAAGGAGUACAACGGGAGCUUGCCUAGUUUGGUCUCAAGGCCACAGUCAUGGACAAAGCUAUGCAACAUUAUUUUUGUAGAUUUGCCACUUGGAACUGGUUUCUCAUAUGCAAAAAAUGUCAAGGAUUACCGGAGCGACUGGAAACUAGUUCACAAUACUCAUCAAUUUCUUAGGAAGUGGCUGAUUGAUCACCCUGAAUUUCUUCCAAAUGAAUUCUACAUUGGAGCUGAUUCAUACUCUGGCAUUCCUGUCCCUGCCAUUCUUCAAGAAAUUUCAAAUGGAAAUGAAGAAGGUCACCAACCAUUGAUAAAUCUCCAGGGAUAUCUGCUAGGGAACCCCUGGACAACAUACAAAGAAGAUAACUAUCAAAUCCAGUAUGCUCAUGGAAUGGGACUCAUCUCUGAUGAACUUUAUGCGUCACUGCAGAGAAAUUGUAAAGGAGAGUAUAUUGAUGUAGAUUCCGGAAAUGAGUUGUGUUUAAGAGAUCUCCAGUACUUUCAUGAGUGUCUCUCAGGAAUUAACAAGUUCAACAUUUUGGCUAGCAUUUGUAAAGAUGAUUUGCGUAUGUGGAGAAGAUCUUUGACUCAGGAGCUGAAUGCGUCUCUUAGUUCUCGUCUCACAGUCCCCGAAUUAAGCUGCCGAGAUUACGGUUUUUACCUCGCCACUAAAUGGAUUAGCGAUGAGAGUGUUCGCAAGGCACUGCAUAUUCGAGAGGGUACCAUAGGAACAUGGGAACGAUGUUACACUACUGAUUUUAAGCGUGAGAUCUUUAGUACCGUUGAGUUUCAUGCAAAUCUAAGCAAAAAAGGAUACCGCUCUUUGAUAUACAGUGGGGAUCUUGAUUUAAUUGUUCCUUUCCGGUCUACUCAAGCAUGGAUAAGGGAUCUAAACUACUCCAUUAUAGAGGAUUGGAGGUCAUGGUAUGUAAAUGGCCAAGUGGCAGGAUACACAAGGACUUACUCGAACCGAAUGACAUAUGCAACUGUGAAGGGUUCAGGACAUAUAGCUCCUGAGUACACUCCUGAGCUAUGUUUUCCCAUGUUCUCUAGGUGGAUAUCUAAUUUGCCUUUGUAAAUCAUAAGCCUAAGAUGGCAUAAAUAUAUGAGAUGUUCAUUUGUCAAUGAUUAAACAAACAGAAAUGUAAAAAGAACAAGAAAAUAAUGUCAAGGUUUCAUGUUUAAGUUGUUUCCUGAUUC